AUGUCAUACUCUCAUAAAGCUAAAGAGAUGUGUACAGAAGUUGAUACAAGUCAAUAUGAAAGGAUUGAUAUGAAUCAAUUUCGUAAUUGGCUUUCAACUGGUGAAAUAUCGAUUUCUUCAUCGUGUGGAACAUCAACUGGUGGACUAAAUCGCAAUGAGCAUAUUGGUAGUCGACGUGAUCGUUAUGAAUAUCAUGUUAGUUGUCAUAAUGCUUUGGAAUCUGCGACUGAUAAAAAUGUUUCAUAUGAAACUACUCUGUAG